AUGGAUAUAUCAUCAACGAAAGAUAAAAUAAAUUAUUGGCAACAGCAACAAGAUGUCAAUCAAUUAAAAAAAUCUCGUCUAAAAGUAAAGACUGAUCAAGCAAGUACUUCUCAGUUAAAUGAAAAAGUUCAAUCUUAUGUCGAUCAAAAUCAAUUAAAACGUACUCAAUCUGAUUCUGAUCAACGUGGAUCACCUUUUAAAAAACGUCAUUUCACUGAACAAUUCGCAUCACCUGUUCAUACUGACAACGAUGAUGAUGAUGAUGACGAUGACGAUGACAGUGAUUCAAAUACUGGAACUAUCACAUCUACGAAUAAUACUGAAAUAAAACGAGAUGAUAGUCGUAGACGAGCUGCUCAUAUAGCUGCUGAACAAAAACGUCGAGAUUCUAUUCGUAAAGGAUUUGAUUCAUUACAAAGUCUUGUACCAAAUAGUCAUUUACUCGACCCCGUUAGUUCACAAAAAGUUAGUAAAGCAGCGAUCCUUAAAAGAUCUAUGGAUUAUCUCGCUCAACUAAAUAAGGAAAAACAACAAUUAAAUAAUCAACUCGAAACAAAGAAAAAAGAAAUAUUUUGUUUACGCACUGUUCAAAAAGCAUAUGAAGAUAUUCUUGAAGCGAAUACAAAUUCAAAAAAAUAUGCAAAUAUAUCAAUUAAUGAUGAACAAAAAUUUAAAUUAUUUCAAAAUAUUGCUGAUACAAUUUUUACUAGUUUUGAUCAAGCUAUGCAAGCAGGACAAGGAAUAAGUUUUUCUCAAUUUACAUCGACAAUUCUUCACUGGAUUGAAGAUUCAUGUAAACCAUCGGUAAGCAACUGA